AUUCCGUGCUCUGCAAUUGGAAUCUGCCGCAGUUUGUGCAAAUUUGUAUUCGUUCUUGAUAGUCGCGGUCUUAGACUUAAAAUGUAACUUUAAUGUAAAUUGUUUUCCAUACUAUCGAGGCAUAGUAUUUAGUUAAAAAAGUUGAAAAGUGCAACUAGCUCGGUGUUAUAACUACCUAUUGCAAUAACCAAUAGUAUCUACUAGGAAGAAGAGCCUUUCGAAGGUGAACAUUAUUCAUCCCCAAAUAAGCGGUCGCUUUGUCAAAUUCUGGCCGCGAUACAGCUUUUACACGUUUUCUUACACGUAGUUCUUCAAAGUCCGCGUUAUGAAAAUGCCAAACCGAAUUUUCGUUGGUCUUGCUGAAUUUUUAAGGGCAAGUUUCGAUUUCCGUGGUUAUUCAUCAGUGAAACGGGCGAGGGCCGAUGGUGGUAUACACGCCUAUGAACGGGUGCCUCAGGAACUACUCUACGGUAAUGAUCUCAUGAAACAGCAGCAGCAACAGAAACCCGGACGUGUUUUCUUCGAGUCUAUUGUGACUCUGGGUGACGAGCUUGGAGCAAUCAAGGUGAGUGACGACACCACUCCCGGUGACUCGGACGAGCUGAAAGAGAUGCUGCUAUCCACCGCGGAAGCAUCGACCUACUCAGCCCAAGAGGUAGCGGCCCGGCUUCGAGUAGACGUCCGGACGGGGCUGCGGUGGUCAGAAGCCAACAGUCGAUCCAAAAUCGUAGGCUACAAUGAGCUUAACGCGCUGGACGAUGAACCUACGUGGAUGAAAUACGUUCAGCAGUUCAAAAAUCCUCUUAUAUUGUUAUUAUUAGGUUCUGCAUUAGUAAGUGCAUGCAUGCGACAGUUUGACGAUGCUGCCAGUAUUACGAUAGCGAUUAUUAUCGUCGUCACAGUCGCAUUCAUUCAGGAGUAUAGAUCUGAAAAAAGUUUAGAAGAAUUGAAAAAACUGGUACCACCAGAAUGCCAUUGUUUAAGAGAAGGCCGUCUGGAAACAUUCCUUGCCAGGAAUCUCGUCCCCGGCGAUAUAGUAUAUCUGAAUGUGGGAGACCGUGUGCCGGCCGAUAUUAGAAUUUUCGAAGGUUUUGAUCUGUCGAUUGACGAGUCGAGUUUUACCGGUGAAACGGAACCGGCUCGAAAGAGCACCGAGGUGGUGCUGAACGUUCACAAUGCCAAGAAUCACACCAGCAUGAAAAAUAUUGCUUUCAUGGGAACGCUUGUACGGUGUGGCAAUGGAAAGGGAAUUGUGGUGAGUACUGCCGAAAAAAGUGAAUUUGGGGAGGUAUUCAAAAUGAUGCAAGCAGAGGAAGCACCCAAAACACCAUUGCAGAAAUCGAUGGACAUUCUGGGAGCACAGCUAAGUUUUUACUCGUUUUGCAUCAUCGGCGCAAUCAUGCUAUUGGGAUGGAUCCAGGCAAAACCACUGGUGGAAAUGUUUACUAUCAGUGUGAGCUUAGCUGUGGCAGCUAUUCCCGAAGGUUUACCGAUCGUGGUAACGGUGACACUGGCGCUUGGCGUUAUGCGUAUGGCCAAGCGUAACUGUAUUGUUAAAAAGUUACCUACUGUGGAAACCCUCGGUUGCGUAACGGUUAUCUGUUCGGACAAAACGGGCACAAUAACCAAAAAUGAAAUGACCGUUACUGUGAUCAUUACCUCCGACGGGUAUAUGGCUGACGUCACCGGUGCCGGGUAUAAUGAUAACGGUGAGAUCCACAUUCGUGAUUGCAAUAGUAUGGACAACGCUAAGCGAAGCAUCAAUCAACUGCUGGAGGCAGGGGUGGUUUGUAAUAAUGCCAUUAUACAGAACGAUACGCUGCUGGGGCAACCGACUGAAGGAGCCCUUCUGGCGGCUGCUAUGAAAAAUGGUCAAUAUUCGGCUGCGGAUAAUUUUCUGCGGAUACAGGAAUACCCUUUCAGCUCGGAACAAAAAAUGAUGGCAGUGAAAGCGGUGCCGAAGUAUGCUAACAGUAAAGAGGAAAUUUAUUUUGUCAAAGGUGCCAUUGAAAUAGUGCUGCCUCAAUGCACAAAAUUUUGGUAUGGUGGCCAGGCAAUUACGCUGAGUAAACAAAACGAAGCAGAAUUUCUUCAGGAAGCGUAUGAAAUUGGAAGGAAAGGUUUGCGAGUUCUAGCCUUGGCUAGAGGAACCUCGUUCCAGGAUUUAGUCUACUUGGGAUUGGUUGGUAUUACCGAUCCUCCACGACCGUUGGUUCGAGAAUCAAUUGAAAUGCUUCGUGCGAGCGGAGUACUAGUGAAAAUGGUAACCGGAGAUUCACAGGAAACAGCUAUGGCAAUUGCUUCUAAAAUCGGACUGGAUAUUGUGCACAUGCAAGCCUUGUCCGGCCAUGACAUGGACCAGUUGAACGAGAUGCAGCUGGAAAAGGUAAUCAACAACGUUAGUGUGUUCUAUCGGGUAACGCCGAAACACAAGCUUGCCAUCGUCAAAGCCUUGCAGCAGAAUGGUCACAUUGUGGGUAUGACCGGAGACGGUGUCAACGAUGGUGUUGCGUUGAAACGUGCCGAUAUUGGGAUUGCCAUGGGUAAAAAUGGAACGGACGUAUGCAAGGAGGCGGCUGAUAUGAUUCUUGUGGACGACGAUUUCCACACAAUUAUAGCUGCAAUUGAGGAAGGCAAAGGCAUUUUUUGGAACAUUAGAAACUUUGUUCGUUUUCAGCUGAGUACGUCAAUAGCGGCACUUUCACUAAUUGCACUCUCUACCCUAAUGGGCAUAUCUAAUCCAUUGAAUGCGAUGCAAAUAUUGUGGAUUAAUAUAAUCAUGGAUGGUCCACCUGCGCAAUCGCUCGGUGUUGAACCGGUUGAUCAGGAUGUGCUCAAGCAAAAGCCUCGCAACGUUAAACAACCAAUGAUUUCUAAAUCGCUUAUCAUCAAUGUACUGCUCUCCGCUGGAAUCAUCAUCCUAGGAACGCUUUGGGUAUUCCAGCGGGAAAUGGCGGAUGGAACGGGAGUGACUAGUCGAGAUACGACAAUGACUUUUACCUGUUUCGUACUGUUCGACAUGUGGAAUGCUCUAAGCUGUCGGUCACAAACUAAGAGCGUUUUUCAGAUCGGUCUAUUGACGAAUCGAAUGUUCCUGUUGGCGGUUGGAUUCUCCCUGCUCGGUCAGCUGUUGGUCAUUUACUUUCCCCCGCUGCAGAUGGUAUUUCAAACCGAAGCAUUAUCGGCGAUGGAUCUCAUCUUUCUGGUGUCACUGACGUCCAGCGUGUUCGUCGUAUCCGAGCUAAAGAAAUGGUUCGAACGGGCCAUGGAAAGGCGAAUGUACCGCAAGCGAAAUGAGCUGGAUUUCGUAUGACAGUCGCCUCACGCUGGAAGAUUGCACAAGAAGGACUAAAGGAGCUGAGCAAGACCCCGCAUAAUUGGUAACAUUAACGCAGCACAUACAAACACACUGUAAGAGACUUAUUUAAGCUUAACGUUCAACUCGAGAGGGUAGAAAGAACUUACGAGGAAGCAGAUCGACGAAUUGCGUUUCCACAGAAAACACUAUUCUUUGUCAGCUAUAAAGAACUAUUUCCGACUCCAACUGCAAGAACAUCAACUUUAUGAUAUUUCUAAACAAGAAAUGGAAAUGAAUGUUAAAAUCGAUCUAAUUGGAAAACUGUGAGGGGGUAUACAACAGUUAUGCUUGUUUACAACAAAAAAAAACUACAUUUAAUUAGCAUUAUUUAUAGAGUAUUUUGUAGAUUUUUUAUACAAAUUGAUAUGCCAUUGGCUGCUCAUCAUUCGUUUUAUUUAUACAUACUGAGACUCGUUUCCUCUUGAUAUAGCUGAAGUUGACAGUAGAAUUAUAUGUAGGGUAAUACAGUGUAUUCUGUUGUAAUUUGAUU